AUGUCUGACUCUCAAGCCAACGGCCAGGGGGCCAUGUCAGAGCCACGCAGAUCUUUUUUCUACCCAGACAGCAGUAGCGAUACAGAAGAAUACAGAACAGACGCCGAAGAUCGCCGUAAGCGUCUGUCCAAACGCAACGGACCGAAUAUUAGAAGGAUGCCGCCGAAUAUGCCUCCAAAAAACCAAAAUCCCAACGCUCCCAUACCUUCCACAUCGGGCCAGGAUUUCCCGAAAAACGGUCAGAAAAAUCAGUUAUGCGAAGACAGGAUCACGUUGGUCGUUGAUAAUACGAGAUUCGUCGUCGAUCCCGCACAGUUCACCGCACAUCCGAAUACAAUGCUCGGACUUAUGUUUAGUUCUAGUAAAGAAUUAACACACCCCAACGAGCGCGGUGAAUAUGAGGUAGCCGAGGGCAUAUCAGCGACUGUAUUCAGGGCUAUCUUGGAGUAUUAUCGAGGGGGAACAAUCAGAUGUCCACCAACAGUAUCUGUUCAAGAAUUGAGAGAAGCCUGCGACUACUUACUUGUGCCGUUUGAUGCUAAUACAGUCCGAUGUCAAAACCUUCGCGGUCUUUUACACGAGCUGUCAAACGAGGGAGCCCGCCGGCAGUUUGAAAAUUUCCUGGAGCGUCUCAUCUUGCCUCUAAUGGUUGAAUCAGCCGAGCGAGGGGACCGAGAGUGUCAUGUAGUGGUGCUAUUAGAUGAUGAUAGUGUAGACUGGGAUGAACAGUAUCCACCGCAGAUGGGUGAUGAAUACAGCCAGACUGUUCUAUCCACACCGUUAUAUAGAUUCUUCAAGUAUAUUGAGAAUAGAGAUGUAGCCAAACAAGUGAUGAAGGAGCGCGGUUUAAAGAAGAUUCGUCUCGGCGUGGAAGGCUAUCCGACUUAUAAAGAAAAAGUGAGAAAAAGACCCGGAGGAAGGGCAGAGGUCAUAUAUAAUUAUGUCCAACGACCCUUCAUACAUAUGUCCUGGGAAAAAGAGGAGGCAAAAAGCAGACAUGUGGACUUUCAGUGCUUCAAGUCAAAAUCUGUGACCAAUUUGGCAGAAGCUACCGCUGACCCUGUGAUAGAACUUGAGAAUAGGGAACGAGAGGUCGAAAUUCAAGAACCCGGGGAAGUGGUUGAGGAGGAACAAAAUUGA